AUGUCUGAUAAUAACAUAGUGGGGAUAGAGUACAAUAGAGUCACAAACACAUCGUCCACCGAUUUUCCAGGGCAUCAAUCCUCUGGUGACUUUUCUUGGGAUAUUGAAAAAUUCAAAAACUCAUUUGAUAUUAAAAUCACAAAUGUUAGCGAAAGAGUCGCCAAUUUUGACUUGAUCCACAUUGACACAUCCAUCGCUAAUGCAUUCCGUCGUAUAAUGAUUGCCGAAGUUCCCUCAGUGGCAGUUGAGACAGUAUACUCCUUUAUGAAUACAUCAGUUAUACAAGACGAGGUAUUGGCACAUAGAAUCGGAUUGAUCCCAUUGAAAGUAGAUCCCGAUUCGUUGACGUGGGUUGACAAGAGUGUUGAUGAGAACGAACGUUACACUGAAGACAACACAAUAGUAUUGUCCUUGGAUGUUACAUGCACAAAGAACCCUCAUGCACCAAAGAACUCUACUAAUCCAAAUGAGUUGUAUCGAAAUAGCAAUGUUUAUGCUAAAGAUUUGAAGUUUGAACCACAAGGUAGUCAAUUGGAAAAGUAUAAAGAUAACCCUGUUGUGCCCACCGAUCCAAACAUUUUGUUGGCAAAACUAAGACCGGGUCAGGAGAUAUCUCUAAGAGCUCAUUGUAUAUUGGGGAUCGGCUCAGAUCACGCCAAAUUUUCUCCAGUGGCAACGGCAUCGUACAGGUUAUUGCCAGUUAUUGAUAUUAGACAACCAAUAACUGGCGACUUGGCUAAGAAAUUCCAAAAAUGUUUCCCAUCUGGUGUGAUUGAGAUUGAUUCCGCCACUGGAGAAGCAUACGUUGCUGACGCUAGAAAGGAUACUGUACUGAGGGAAGUUUUGAGACACCCGGAGUUUCAAGAUAAAGUGAAGUUGGGUAGACAAAGGGAUUACUUUAUUUUCCAGGUUGAAUCAACUGGGGCAAUGUCACCAGAGGAAAUCUUUUUCAAAUCGGUCAGGGUCUUGAAAAACAAAGCUGAGUAUUUGAGGAAAUGUCCAAUUGGUCAGUAA